CGAUUAUUAGGCCCCCACCGCCCCUUCUUUCCCUCUUCCUUUCCUUCCUCUCUCGCCCGCUCGCUGCGUCCUCCGUCCCCGACCGCAUACCGGCGGUUUCCAGAUCCCAUCGCCGCCAUGAACUCCUUCACCGGAAACAGCUCCCAGCGCGGCCCUUCCUCCUCCGCCGCCUUCGGCGCCUCCUUCGAUUCCUACAGCUUCGACUUCGGCGUCGCCGCCGGCCGGAGCUCCACCUCCCGCCCCCUCCGCGACCAGAAGCCCAACCCGUCCCCCGCCCCAUACGCCGCCGCGCCCCUGCCGACCGCCCCCUUCACCCACCAGCCGGCCCGGCCCUCGUGGACCCACCAGCCCGCCUCCGCCGUCCCCAGAUCCGGCAUCGCCGACCCACCGUCCUCCAUGGUCGGCGACAUCUCCGGCAAGAGCUGGACCUCCGCCGCCCCCACCACCUCCCGCCUCGGCAUCCCGGAAAACAACCCCAAUCUCUUUAGCGAUCUCGUUGGAUCCGCCCUCGGCCAGGGCCGCUCCGCCGCUGGCAACGUGCCCCUCAAGGCUGCCGCCCCCAGUAACGCCUUCUCCACGGAAAAUUUAUCCAAUUCGCUCCCCAAAUCCACCGUUACCACCGCCCGAGCAUCCACCACCUCUCAUAAUACCCCGACGAGGCCCUCCAACUGGGGGUCGGCGGAUAAUCUUGGAAUUUUCUCAUCUUUGAAUCAGUCCGGCAGUAAGAUCGGGAAUCCCUUGGGCGGCGGGCAGCCGAUGAAUUCAUCAGCUGGGGAACCGCCGAUGAAUGCUAAAAGGGAUCCCUUUGGAUCGUUGAUGGACUUCGGAUCGAAAAAUUCUUCAAACCAACCGAUGUCGUCGGCCAAAUCCUCCUAUCUGAGCAGCAGCAGUGGUGACGACUACUCUUUUGGGACAUUCCAGAAUGCCAGUUCGACAAAAAUGGAUGAUUUUGGAGUGCCGGCUGAGAACUUUUCGGCUCCCCCGCUAUCACAACAGCCUGCUCCGGCCAAGGGUGGGGCGGAUCCGAUGGAUAUGUUCUUCUCCUCAUCAGCCUCAUCUGCCUCAGCUGCUGGAGCUGCUUCGGAGGUACCGGGAAGGCAGCCGUUCUCGGAGGCGAAUGAUUGGGACUUGGGUGCAGAGUUUGGGGGGCAUGAUGAUGGCGGGACGACAACCGAGCUUGAAGGGCUCCCGCCACCUCCUGCCGGGGUCACACCUUCAGCAGCCAAAACUAAAGGAUUGGAAAAUUACAAGCAGGGGCAGUUCGCCGAUGCUAUCAAGUGGCUUUCUUGGGCAGCUGUGCUUAUAGAAAAAUCCGGGGAAAAUGAUGCCGCCACUGAGGUCUUGUCCUGCAGGGCUUCUUGUUAUAAGGAAGUUGGCGAGUAUAAGAAGGCCAUUGCCGACUGUUCAAAGGUAUUGGAACAUGAUAGCACGAAUGUCUCGGUGCUACUGCAACGUGCGCUUUUGUAUGAGAGCAGUGAAAAGUACAGACUUGGGGCUGAAGAUUUGCAGAUGGUUCUGAAGAUUGAUCCUGGUAAUCGACUUGCAAGGAGUACCAUUCACCGCUUGAGUAAAUUGGCUGAUUAGAGAUCCUUUUGGCAUUCUUGCCCUGCCUUUUUUUUUAGGCAUAAAUAUCAAGAUGGGUGUUUCCUUUUUCUAUUGGUUGUUAUUAUUAUUUUGGGGGGUGGAUAAUUACAACUCUUGGUGUCUUAAAAUAUGGGUUCAUGCACUAAAUUUAUCUUGAAGUUAAUAAUGCUUUUACUUGUAUGUGUAUGCUGCAGUAUCAAACUUUUUAACUUUCAUUGUUUAGAAGUCAUGCAUGCGGCUUCAAAUCACUAUUGUUGUGCACGUUGGCUAAUACUGCCUUGAUAUUCAUUCUGACAUGCCUUGGAAA